AUGGAGAUUGAAGAGGACAGAGCGCCGAACGCAGGGGCGGAGAUCACAGCGCUCUUGAGAAGGAAUGCCAUUGUGUAUUCUUCUGUCCGGCUAGACCUUCCUGGAGGCUUCGGCAGGCUGCUUCCAUUGGCCCACCUCUACAGCCAGAACCCAGCGAAUGCCAGCCUGCCAGCUGUAGGGGAGUCGAGCGCAACAGACGGCGGUGGGGCAGCCCCCAAUUCUACCGUCGAUGCCGACGAAGGCAUGGGCGGCUUGGACGGUAGCGGCGAAGCCGACGGGCUGGCGUUUGGGGACGUGAGAGACAUCUUCAAGGAGAUGACCGGCCUGUUGGACGGUCCUUGUGCGGUGCCGAACCUCGAUCAGUUUGUCGGGCUUGGGACGGCCGUAGUCCGGGAUCUAGCGGACAACGCCUACGCCUCGGUGGUCAACAGCAUGGAGUCCGGGUGGGUGUUUGGUAACUUGAUCACCCAAGGGACUCUGCACUUCGCUCCUGAGCGAGAGCCGGCUGUGGGCGAACUGGUGUCUUGGCUGUCAAACACGACCACCGGGUUCGACCGUUUGACUCAUCGCGUCCACGAAUCAGAGGACGAUGCCGUCGCCUACGCCUUGGACCACCUCGAGGAGAGGACGUGGGCGGUCAUCGCGCUCGACGAGGCGGCCGACGGGAGGGUCGACUACACCAUCCGCGUGAACUUCACAACGGUUCCCAACACCAACACCGUCGUCGACAUGAUCGCGAUCGGGUUGGAUCCGAGCUUUCGGUCGUACUACCUGAGCGGGUUUCUCACGCUGCAGACAACGCUCGACCGAUUCAUGUUCGACCGCGCCUUGCCGGCCGCAUCAUCACCCUCCGGGGAAGAACGAUCCGAGGAAGGAUCCGAGGAACCAUCCGGCGGUUUCGCGUGCGUCCCGCCCGACGUCGUUGGGGUGCCCUUUCCCACGGCAGCGUACGACCAGAACUUGUUCUAUGCCGCCGUUGGUUACCUCUUGGGACUCGCCAUGACCAUGAGCACGAUGUAUCCGCUGUCUCGGCUGGUAAAGGGAAUCGUGGAGGAGAAGGAGAGCAGGGUGCGUGAGACGAUGCGCAUCAUGGGCCUCCGGGUGUGGUGCCACGAGCUCUCCUGGCUCAUCACUGGAGCCGCGGUGUUCGCCUUCAUCGCCGUCACGGUGGCCGCGCUGCUGUCGUGGACCUUCCUACCCCUGGCGGACGGGAGCCUGGUGCUGGUCUACAUGGCCUCCUUCACGCUCAGCGAGGUAACCGAAGGUGAAAUAUUUCUUGCGCAGCCACUUAAGAAGAGUGCAAGCACGGGCAGGAUCAACAACCUUGUGCUUGUGCGGGUGCGGUGCUCGAGCUCGACACGUGCGCAGGCGAAGCUAGCGUCGAUUGCGGCACCGUGCGUGUUGUUCGCCGGGGUACUCCCGAGGUACAUCUUCUACGGGUCGAACAGACACGAGGCUCCACGAUCGAAGACGGUCGCGUCUUUGCUGUCCCCGGCGGCCUUCACCUUCGGCGCGGACUUCAUCGCGGACUACGAGUACGCUGGCAUCGGCGUCGGGUGGGGGAACUACGACGAGGGGGAGUACUCUCUCCGCACCUCCAUCGCCAUGAUGUUCUUCGACGCCGUGCUGUACGGCCUCCUCGCAUGGUACCUGGACAAGGUGGCGGUUGAGGGGCUGGACCUGCGGUUGCGCGUGGGAGACAUCACGUGUCUUCUUGGGCACAACGGGGCCGGAAAAUCGACGACAAUCUCGAUGCUCACGGGGCAACUGGGGGCCACCAGCGGAGAUGCCCUCGUGUGGGGGCACAGUGUGCGGGACAACUUGCACAAGGUUCGGCAGAGCAUCGGCAUCUGUCCCCAGCACGACGCCCUCAUGCCGCUGCUGACCGCACGGGAACACAUGGAGAUGUACAUGGACAUCAAGGGCAUGAGCCCAGACCUCAAGGGGCCCCUGGUAACGAAGAAGCUCCGUGAGGUGGGCCUGCUGGAGAAGGAGCACACCCCGUCCAUGAACCUUUCGGGGGGGCAGAAGCGGAAGCUCAGCGUCGCGCUGGCCCUGACGGGCUCCCCCGCUCUCUGCAUCUUGGACGAGCCUACCUCUGGGAUGGACCCAUACUCCAGGCGCUUCACGUGGGACCUGCUGCGGAGAGGGCGGGCGGGUAGGUGCACCUUGCUCUCGACGCACUUCAUGGAGGAGGCCGAUCACCUCGGGGACAGGGUGGCGAUGCUGCGAAAGGGGAAGCUUAGAUGCGCUGGGAGCCCUCUGUUUCUCAAGAGUCGGUUCGGUCUGGGCUACAAGCUGACCCUCGUCAAGGCCGGAGAAUCGUUCGAGCCCAACAGCCUGACUAGUCUGGUCCUCUCGCAUGUCGAAGACGCCGAGAUGCUCUCUGCCGCGGGCGGCGAGAUUUCCUUCAGGUUGCCCCGAGAAAAAUCUCAGAAGUUUCCCGGUCUGUUCCGAGCCCUGGAGGCGGGGAGGGAAGCGAUGGGAGUCGGGGGUUACGGCGUUUCGAUCACCAGCCUGGAAGAGGUCUUUCUCAGCCUUGAGAGAGAGGGCAAGAUGACCGACGCUCAGCAGCCCGCCCAGGGCAACGGUGGGCGACAACAACACGCCUCCGGCGACGGUUUCACUCGCGAGGAAGGGGUUGCCGGGACGGCAGGCGGCGGAGUACCCGCCAGCAGCCGCGGCAGAGGGCGGAGCCUUCGGCAACGGCGAGGCUUCGGGCGAGACUCGAACGCUGCCGGCGGUGGCAACAAAGGGUGGUGGGCGAGCGCGGCACCGGGACAGGUGUGCGAGGUCGAGAUGCGGAGCAUGGCACCGGCGACGGCGGCGGUGGAGGCCGAGCAGAUGCCGCCGGCUGGGAAACACAGCGGCGACGGGGGCAAUGACCACCACGACGAUCGACCGAGCAAGGCAGGAGGCGCCCCUGGCUACGCAGGCUUCUCCCGCGACGAGGAGGAGCUCGCCUCCAUCCUGGCGGAGGCCCAAGAGGACGACGACGGCCCCGGGGGCGACGCAGAAUCGCCCUCGGGCGCGACGCGCGGCGGUGGGGCGGCACAGGCAGCCGAGGCGACCAGCUCGUCUGCUGGUAGGAGGGAGGGGGGCGCAGCGACCGGGAGCGAGGGCAGGGGUAAGGGGGUCGCCGCGGGGGCAGGCCUGAGGGAGCAGCUGCGCUGGCUGCUGUGGAAGAGGAGGGUGGUGGCCCAGCGGGACUGGCGAGGGGGUCUGUAUCAGAUCGUCCUGCCCGCCGUGAUGGUUGCCCUCGUCCUGGUUCUGCUCACCAUCGACGUCAAGCUGGCUGGGCCGCCGCUCGCCAUGUCCGCUGGGAUGUUUGGGAGUCCUACCCAGGUGCUGUACACCGAAGGCGAUGGCGAAGGUCUUCCCGAAGGAAAGACGUUUGGCAACGUCGCCGAGGAGACGGAGGCCUGGACGCGAGUAGACGGAGGGGCGGGUCUCACCGCCCCUACCAGCUCCGGCCUCUCGCGCUUCAUGCUCGAAACCUACAAUACCGGCGGGAUGAUCACGAUCUCCUCGAAUGAUGGGGAUCACGUCGACGUGUCCGUUGAAACCGACACCUCUGAUGAAGCAGCAGCAACAACGCCGUUGGACGGCGGCGGCGGCGGCGGCGGCCGCCCCCCUCGCUACGGCGCCUUCGUUUUCGGAGACCGCAUCCCGGUGAACUUGACGGUGGACUGGGACAGCUUUCGGGAGAACCCGGAGAUGCUGGCGUCGGCGUUGGAGAUCGUCGGCGAUGACGUCAUUCCGGCGGAGGGCGGGGAGUUCGAUCUCCAGGGGCUGGUGGAUGCGACGGGCGUGGACGAGAAGGAUCUCGCAAGACUUAUUGUUGAGGGGUCUGGGAGGCUCGAUCAACUCGACCAAGGAGACCAAGAUGCCGUGGAGGCCCUCCUACCAGGCGCCGGCAACACUAACACCAGCAAAGCUCUCGAGGACGCGCUGGCGUGGGCCAGGGGCAGGAACUGGACCAACGAGUGGCUUGUCCUGGUGGACGAGGACCCAACGGUUCGCUUCACGGAGGCGGAGUACCUGCCUCAGUCCUCGCAGCUCAAGCUGGACGGAGUCGUCCUCUCUGUGAGGGUCGACAACCAGACGCAGGACCUAGAGCUAGGAGAGGUGAAGCUGAGCGUGGAUGACGUGCUCACCGCUCUUCCCCCAGGGACCGUCCGCUACGAUCAGGGGGUGCUGCAGCCUAACCGCAUCCUCACCACGGUUAUGUUCAACAGCACCGCCCCUCACGCCCUCCCCGCUUGGGUCGGAGAGCUCACCGCCAGGACAUUCCAGGCCUGUGCCACGAACAGAGGCCUGGAAGGGGGACAAGCCUCGUACACUGUCAGGAGUCACCCACUUCCGCUUACCGCGACCGAGUCGCUGGAAGUACAGACGAUGCUCUCGCUUUUGGUGAGCCUCCUGGUGACGAUCCCGCUGUGCUACGCCCCCGCUGCCUUCGUCACCUUCCUCGUCCGGGAGAGGGCCUGCAAGAGCAAGCGGGUGCAGCUCGUUUCGGGGGCGAGCCCUUUGGCGUACUGGGCGUCGACCUACCUGUGGGACGCGCUCCUGUUUUUCGUGCUGACCGUGUUGGUGAUGCUCACCUUCGCCGCUUACGGCAAAGACGCCUCCAAGGUGUUCAUGAUGCGCUGGGACGCCCUCCUCGGCACCUGGGGGCUCCUCCUGUCGUACGGCCUCUCCUCACUGCCGCUGUCCUACCUCUACUCGUUCGCGUUCGACGGGCCCUCGGCGGCGCAGAUCUCGAUCGCCGGGGUUAACUUUCUGUCCGGCUUCGGCUUCGUGGUCGCCUACGCGGUGCUGUCGACCCUGAAGAGGACCGUCAAGUUCGCGGCGAAGGCGCAGCACAUCUUCCGGCUCUUCCCGCCGUACCUCCUUGGGGACGGUCUAAUCCGGGUGUCGUCUGAGUUCUACGUGCGAGAGGUGAUGGGUAUGGAUCGGGAGGGGGGUGUCCUCGCGUGGGACGUGGCGGGACGAGGGAUUUGUUACAUGUGCUUGGAGGCGUUGGCCUACCUGGGCUUGGUGCUCGUGGUGGAGUACAGCCCUGCCGCAGGGGUAAGGGCCUACGCGGACCGCCUGAGGCUGUGGCUGGGGGGGUGGUCGGACCGCGACUUGAUCGAAAUGCUCCGCGCCUCGAGGGGACCUGGCGAGGACAAAGACGUCAAGGAGGAGAGGGAUAAGGUCUGCAGGGCCAUGGCCAGGGCAUCGGGGGGCGGGGUGGUGGUGGGCGAGCAGGAGCAGGAGGAGGAGGAGGAGGAGGUAGACACGGUGCUCAUAAGCGACCUCACGAAGGUGUACCCGGCCCCCCUGAGUUCCGCCCAGCAGCGGCCCAAGUGCGCCGUGAGGGGCCUGAGUCUCGGCGUGAAGCGGGGGGAGUGCUUCGGGCUGCUAGGCAUCAAUGGUGCCGGCAAGUCGACGACGCUGCAGAUCCUGACGAGAGACCUGCAAGCGACGGCCGGGAAGCUCACCGUGGAGGGAAAGCCCAUCACCUCGAGCGCGGUUUGCCGGCUUGUCGGCUACUGCCCCCAGACGGACCCCCUCCUUCCCCUCAUGACCGUGCACGAGACCCUCCUGUUCUACGGAGGUCUAAAGGGGAUCGGGUCCGAGAUGAUGGACGACGACGAGCGCGAGACUGCCCUCCACGAAGCGGCGGCGGCGACGAUGUCCGCCGUGAGCCUGGGCCCCACGGAGAACCAAACAGCGGGGACACUGAGCGGCGGCAACAAGCGAAAGCUGUCGCUGGCGGUGGCGCUGAUUGGCGGACCGCCCGUGUUGCUGUUGGAUGAGCCGUCGUCUGGGAUGGAUCCCGGGGCACGAAGGUCAAUGUGGGAGGUGAUUUCUUCUCUGUCGCGGUCUCGCAGCGUCAUAGUGACGACCCACAGCAUGGAGGAGUGCGAGGCAGUGUGCGACAGGCUUGGCAUCAUGGUCGGCGGGAGGCUGCGCUGCAUCGGCACUUCUCAGCAUCUCAAGGGGCGGUUCGGGGGUGGCUACUCUAUCGAGGUGCGCUGUCCCUCGGAGUCCAUGCCGAAAGUGACCGAGAUGGUCGGGGCCCUGUCCCCUCUGGCGAGGCUCGACGAGAUGCACCCCUCGCUGGCAAAGUUCAGCGUGCCGGCGGCGGGAGAGCUUGGCGAUCGACCCCCCGCCAGAACCGGCUUCGGCGAAGGGGUAACAGGGGAAGUGGCGACGGGGGGGCUAAGUCUGUCCAAGGCGUUCGAGACCAUCGAGUCUAGAAAGACCGAACUCCAGGUGUGGGACUACUCCAUCAGUCAGGCGACGCUAGAGACCAUCUUCAUGAGCUUCGCGAAGCACCAGGAGGAAGAGGUCGCUAGCGUUCCGGGGGUGCAGUACACCGACAGCGAUGCCGGAAACGUCGACGCCGGCGAGCAGCACCAUGGCCUAUCCUCCGGGGGCAACAGCCACAGCGGCGAUGGCGACGGCGGCGGCGACGUGCGGCAAGGGCGAUCCCGUUCUCCCCAGUUGAUGGACGUGGAAAUGGGCAGGCUUGGGGGAGGGAAAUGCCGCUCCCGCGAAAGAGAUUCUUCACAAGAAGAAGAAGAAGAAGAAGUGGUCCAUGUCGAAGAAGUGUUCCGUUCCGGGGAAGGAGAAAAUGCGGCUCUUCUUGUAUGAUGUGUUGCGUUGGCGUGUUUUGCCGGGGGGGCACAAACCCCGAAAUUGUUGUUUUUAAAUGCGCUCGAAUGUUUGUUUGUGGUUCCGAUAGUCGUACGUAUGCGGCUUAAGAAAACCCCCCACGGUGUUGAAAACAAUUUUGUUUGUAGAAAGAUUCACCGGGUGUGUCUCAACGUGGUGUGUGUGGCAUCUUCGUAUUAUGUCGUCCUACAAUUGUAUACGGCGGAGGGUAGUUUAAUGUUUUGGGCCCAUGUUGACCCGGGAAAACUAUUGCCAUUUGUCUCAUGUGGAUGUGUUGUCUUGUGCCAAAUUCUGAACUGCACGUUGUGAUGUGGUCUGAUCGCAAGACUCUUUGUCGAAUCUAUGUCGGAAAACAUUGAGUAAGCUGUCCUGUAAGGUUCUUGCGACCGUUUGUUGUAACAAUGAAAGGAGAGUUGAUGCAGUCUUCGUCCAGCGCAUUGUUUGUUGAUGUACACCGUGCGUUUUUAACAAUGAAGAAAGAAACCACGUUUUUUGAGAAGGACCGCAUGUUGCUCUUCUGACUCAGGAUUUUCAACAUCGC